GGCAGGAGGCAGCAUUGGCAUUGGGAGGGGCCCGUUUCCAAUGUGAGGCGUGCGGGGAGGCAUUCCCUGACCUGUCCUACCUGCAGACGCACCGUCUGACCCACUCAGACAUGAUCUUUGAGUGUGAGGCGUGUGGGGAGACGUUCCCCGAUCUUUCUGGUCUCCGGACACAUCGUCUAACUCAUUCGGACAUGGUCUUCGAGUGCGAGGUGUGCGGGGAGACCUUCCCCGAUCUGUCUGGUCUCCGGACGCAUCGUCUAACUCAUUCAGACAUGAUUUUCGAGUGUGAUGCCUGUGGCGAGACCUUCUCUGACCCGUCCAGUCUCCAGGCUCACCGUCUGACCCACUCAGACAUGAUCUUUGAGUGCGAGGCGUGCGGGGAGACAUUUCCCGACCUAUCUGGUCUCCAGACUCACCGUCUGACACACUCAGACAUGAUGUUUGAGUGUGACACCUGUGGUGAGGACUUCCCUGACCUGUCCAGCCUCCAGGCGCACCGUCUGACCCACUCAGAUGCAACAAUUGAGUGUGAGGCGUGCGGGGAGACAUUCCCCAACUUGUCUAGCCUACAGACACAUCGUCUAACACAUUCGGACAUGAUUUUUGAGUGUGACGCCUGUGCUGAGACCUUCCCUGACCCGUCUAGUCUACAGACUCACCGUCUCACCCACUCAGACAUGGUCUUUGAGUGUGAAGCUUGUGGCGAGACCUUCCCUGAUCUGUCCGGCCUCCAGACACAUCGUCUGACCCACUCAGACAUGAUCUUUGAAUGUGAUGCCUGUGGCGAGACCUUCCCUGACCUGUCUAGUCUACAGGUGCACCGUCUGACCCAUUCAGACAUGAUCUUUGAGUGCGAAGCGUGCGGGGAGACAUUUCCCGAUCUGUCUGGUCUCCAGACGCAUCGUCUGACUCAUGCAGACAUGGGCUUUGAGUGUGAGGCGUGCGGGGAGACAUUCCCCGAUCUCUCCAGCCUCCAGGCACACCGCCUGUCUCAUUCAGACAUGAUCUUUGAGUGUGACGCCUGUGGGGAGACUUUUCCUGAUCACUCGUGCCUGCAGACACACCGACUGACACACUCGGACAUGAUCUUCGAGUGUGGGGCGUGCAGAGAGGCUUUUCCCGACCUGCCUAGUCUCCAGGCACACCAAAUGACCCACGGGGAGACGGCCCCGGGGCUCGGAGCCAUGGUGAAUCCACAGCGCGCACCGCCCGCUUUGGUCUGUGACGUGUGUGGUGAGAGCUUCGCCAGUCCGACUCACCUGUCUCUCCACCGGCGACGGGCCCACACCGACACGGCGGCCCGCCCCUUCGGCUGCUCGCUGUGCGGGCGGAUCUUCACCAAGGCCUCAGCCUGGCGCGCCCACCAGGCCGUCCACACCGGUCAGAAGCCGUACCGCUGCCAGGUCUGCCCUCGAUCCUACAACCGCCUGGACAACCUCCGCCGUCACCAGAGAGUGCACCUGGGGGAGAAGCCCUUCCGCUGCACGGCCUGCGGCCAGGGCUUCCCCUCCUCGGCCUCUCUGAGGGCCCACCGGGCGGCGGAGCACGGCCUGAUCAGUGGGGGGGUCUUGUCCAGGCUGGAGGAGCCUGAUCAGCGUCACGGUAGCCCGGUCUCUGAGCAUGGGGCCUCUCCGCAGGCCCACUCCUCCCAGCGGGACCCCUGUGUCGAGAUCUUCGGCAGCCCGGCCCUGGAGGUCCGUGGGAGAGGAGCAGGAGGGCCGGAGAUGGAGGAGACGGCAACGCCGCUUCUCAUCCCCCCACCUCCCCUCGACAAGCCCUUCCGCUGCCCAGCGUGUGGCAAAGGCUUCAGCCAGGCCGUCUCCCUGCGGAAGCACCGCUGCCCGGGCCCCGCUCCCGUGGGGCGACAAGGGGGGCAGGCGCAGGCCCCGCGAAGGGGCCCUCGCCCUCGCACUCACCCCCGGGAGCGCUCCUUCCGCUGCCAGGUCUGCCCCCGUUCCUACAACCGUCUGGACAACCUCCGCCGUCACCAGAGAGUGCACCUGGGGGAGAAGCCCUUCCGCUGCACGGCCUGCGGCCAGGGCUUCCCCUCCUCGGCCUCUCUGAGGGCCCACCGGGCGGCGGAGCACGGCCUGAGGAGGGCCACCCCGGCCCCUGCCCUCCGCUGGCCUAACACCUCUGCCUCUUCCCCCCCUCCUCCCCCACCGCCGCCUCCUUCCCCUCCCCCCCCCAUCAAGGCUGAGGCCGAGGACCUGCUGCAGGCUGAGGCCUUCCAGCUGACGGGGAGCUGGAGGGGGGCGAAGAGAGAGGAGGAGGGUGGGGAGUGCGCAGAGUGCGGCCAGCGGCUGCCGGACGAGGCCUCGCUGGCGCGGCACCGCCUCCUUCACGCCUGGGAGCGGCCCUUCCGCUGCGAUGCCUGCGACCAGGCCUUUGCCGACUCCUCCUCACUGACGGAGCAUCAGCUGGGCCACAGCCGGGAGGACGAGCGGGCGGAGGAGGCGGGGAAGGCAGAGGAGGAGGGCCCGUCGCCUCUGCGCCCCGCUCCCGACGGGCCGCGCCCGCUCUACGUCCUGCGGCGCCUGCCGGCCUGGGGCGGGGGUCCCUGCCGGUGCCAGGUCUGCAGUGAGCUCUUCGACGACCCAUCGGCGCUGCAGGCUCACGUGCAGCGGGCCCACGGCGAGGGAGGAGGGGUGAUGGAGGGGGAGGGGGAGAAGCCCAGGCCGCCCGCCCUGGCCCCAGCCCCAAGCUCGUCCAGGGUCAAGCCCUUCCAGUGUGACGUGUGUCGCAGGAGCUUUGCCCAUCCCUCCGCCCUUCGGGCGCACCAGACCAUCCACACCGGCACCAAGCCCUACGCCUGCAACGUGUGUGCCCGCACCUACAACCGGCUCGACAACCUCAGGCGACACCAGCACUGCCACCUCAAGGCGCCCCUCUGAGGGUGGGGGGGAUGGGGUGCAAGACAGACACCCAGGGCGGGCUGGUGGCCCAGUGUCACCGUAGACUCUUCAACCCCGGGAGAUGUGGGGGAGGAUCGUGUGUGAUGGAACGGUGUGGAGGCAGCCUCACUCUGUGACCCUGAGAGAGUGUGGAGGUGUGGAGGGAGCCUAGCCCUGUAUAUGACUCCGGGAGGCUGUGAUGGGACAGUAUGGAGGGAGCUUCACUCUAUGCCUGGCCCUGGGAGUCAGUGUCUGACCCAGGGAGUGUGUGAUGGGGUGGUGGGGAGGGAGAUUCACUCCACAGGUCUUUGAUGCUCCCUUGACGUCAGCUGUCCCUCCAUACGAUCUCUUCCACGGACCUUGCCCCUCUGAGCUCAGCACCAACACUGGAGAUGUCAGGGACAGAGCCGAUCAGCACUUGGGUCAUGGCCGGGAGACUGUGAAGUUUAUGAGGUGGUUGUCUGUAUAUUUAAUAUAAAUUUAUAUAUGUAUGUGUUAUAUAAGAAGGUUAGCUUGUUUAGUUAGUCAGACUCCGUUUACGGUGCUUCCUACCCACUCAUUUUUGUGUGGCUGAUUUUCUCUGAAGUUUCUGAAAUUCAUCCUACACCGGAAAUCCAUUAAAGUUUUUAAAAUAACAAAAAGGAAGUCUUGAGUUUCUCUGCAAACGUGUGUCUGUCCGUGAAUCAGCGUCAGUGUGUGUCUGUCGGGAUUCGCGGACAGUGUGUGUCUGCCUCGGAUUCCGGGACAGUGCGUGGCUGUCCAGGAUUAGGGACAGUGUGUGACUGUUCAUCUGGAAUUCAACGGAUUGUGGUCUGUUUGGAAUUCCAAGAUUUAGGAAUAGAGUGUGUCUGUCCAGAAUUCAGAAACAUUCUGUGUGUAUGUCCGGGAUUCGGGAACGAUGUG